GAAAUAGAAGAGCUUUAUCGAUCAAGGGCAUACCAGAGGCACUUAAUAUAGAGUCAUCCAAAAUUUUGCAGAGGAAGUCCAUGGAUAUGGAUUCACAGCACACACCUGGGAAGAUACGUAUCUCUGAAGGGUCCUUCCUUUCAAGGGCAAAGGCUGUUGAGAAUGUAGAUUACCCUCACCACCGUGAUCUCUUAAGGAAACUGAACAUGCCUUUUGUGAAAGGAGUUGAGGACAGACAUGACUAUGGCAGAAUUGAGAAGAAAUGCAACCCUGCUUUUCUUAAAUUUCACCCUUACCCCCCUUCAGCACUGCCCGACUAUCACUUGCACUAUCCUUAUCCCCCGCCCUAUGGACCGGAUUAUCCGUUAUUCCCCCUUCGGGAUGAUGUACCUUUAGGUGACUCCUGUUCAGGGUUUUUGAGUCCUGGUGGUGAUGCCGACUUAAAGCCUGGCCUUGGCAGAGCCAUUCCAAGCCUGGUGGAUUUCAGUGAUGUGAAACCUCAGCAUCGAGUUCCCAGGCCAGACACGGGAUUUCAGACGACAUUAAAAAGGAAGAACCUUUUAUUCGAAGAACUAAAACAGGACAGGAGAUGGAAUUCGAGGGCAGUACCAGACGUUUCCAUCAGAGCAAGACUUGGAGGUUGGACAAGCCCAGUGAAAGUUACUCCUUUACGAACUCAUCAUGAAGAACAUUCAACACAUCACCCGUAUACAUUUGACGAGGAAGCAACAAGUACAGAUGAUGGAGACACACUCGUGCAACCGAACAAGAAAUACAGUGCAAAAGACUCAUUUUACAAGUCCUCCACGCAAAAGGCUUAUGAAGCAGUUCCUUGGGACAAGAUGCUGCCACCAAAAGUUGAUCCGGAAGAAACAACUGUGGAAAGAGCUGCUGACCCCAUCUCACAGUGUUUUACCCUGAAAAGAUAUGAACGGUUGCCAGCAAUCACUCAGAUGGUUGGUGGACUCUGGGACAGAUUUCAAACAAGAUCUUUCUUGGCACCGGUCAAGCCAGUCAACUUUGUGAGUCCCAGUUCCAGAAGCAAAUACCCUCCUCUCUAUACUGGUUGCGUGCAGUCGACGAACGCAGAGGACAUUGACAACCCCCACGGAGACACCGCCUCUCUCGCCAGGACUCGGAGCUCUGAAGUUCUUUCUGCAAACACAAGCCGCUCUGCCAAUAUUCCAGGAUACACCGGAAAGGUUCAUUUCACGGCCACCCAUCCAGCAAAUUCUAAUAUUCCAUCUACAACCCCCUCGCCAGAUUCGGAAGUGCACCGCGUCUUAUGGAAAGAAAUGGCAGUUGACAUCUUCCGUCACCAGGGGCCGCUGUCUCAAAUGGUCACGACUGUGAAGCCCCACAACCCUUUCGAGAAGAAGGAAAAGGAAACUGUAGGCUCCUGAAAAGGACCUGCCCUCUGACGAGGCCUGAGCCUUGGGGCGGCAGUGUGCACCCUGCGAUGGGAAAUAAAAGAAGUAAGGUGAAAGCCUGUGCCCAGCGUGUGUGUGUGUGUGUGUGUGUGUGUGU